CUUCGACCACUACAAGGAACACUCUGCCAACUACCUCUCAGGCAAAUCAUAAGUUCCUCGUUAUUACCAAUGCUUAUUGCUUUCAGAAGCAUGUCACACAAUAUCUACACCCACUUUGGACCUUUUCUAGGGCGCGAGCCUUCGCUCAGGCAGCUAUCGCGCAACAGAACAUUAAAUACUAAUCCCUCAAGCGAUGCUAUAUACAUCGACGGAACAGGAAGCGCCGAAUAUGACCAAUACUUCUCUCCUCUACUGCGUCUUCUCUCCAGUGAGCGUGUCAAUGGACGGAACCUCGUCAAGAGCAUGACAAUCGUUGCCCUCGACUGGUCGCGUCUCAUAGACCAUUUCAAUUGUCAUGCCGCCCUCAGGUCGUUCCCAGAUAUCAACGACCUCUGUAUUUCAAAUAUCCGAUGCAGUGUAGACGAGUUGGAGUCUCUCAUCCUUUCGUUCCCCCAUCUCACUUCCCUGGACCUGGAACGCGUCGCUUUCGACUACCAAGUUGAAGCAGAGCCGACUCAACCUGAUAGCCGAGAGCAAUACUCAAACAUUGAUCGGCUAACUAUCACUCAGCUCGACGCAAAUUCGGUCUCGGUUCUGGACCUUUUCUUGCCCCCGUCUCCCCUCCGCUUCCGUCAACUGCGGUAUCUUGAAAUUAAAGGGUCGAGCAACAUUCUAGGGACGGCCAAAAUUCCAGGGACGACGGACAUUAUGCAUCGCAUCGGCGCCCUUUCACAGGCCACAUCAGGUCUAACAAUCGGACACAUCAGCAUCUCUGGCCUUAACGAGCUCAACUUGACGAUUGCCUUGGCUUUCGACUAUAGCUAUAUCUUUGCCGUCCAGUGGUGGACCGAAGUGUUCGGAACCCUGCCUGCUACGAACGCACUGCGAAGGCUGAAGAUCACGCUCUCGGGUUCUUGGGCAGGUGCUGGACUCUCCAUUGGAGAGAAAAUGACGAAUGACUGGAAUGCCCUUGACUGCUUUGUGCGGUCCGAACCUUAACCUGGAAAAUUUUACUUUGAAAGCUGAUUUUUCUGAUCCGGAGAAGGAUAGUGGUCCUAAAGCCCUGGCUUGGAUGUGGGCCCAUGGUCAUCGCGGUGUUUGCGAUUCUUACGCCCGUCGGCAGCGAUUUGAUACCACGAUCUUUAAGUUCUAAG